AUGAAGAACACGAUCGAUGCGUUUUUCACGCCGAGGACGCGGGAGACGAUCGAGCGAACGUCGAGGGAGACGUCUUCGGGGAACGAUGUAGACGGUGGGUCGAGAUUUUCUCGGUGUCCGGUGUGCGAAAAAGACGUGUUGUCGAUAUUUCUGGCGUCGCACGCGGACGGGUGCGAGGGAAAGACGAGACGGGAGUCGACGAGCGGGAGUCGACGAGCGGCGAAACCAGAGACGAGUUUCGCCGUGAAAGCAUCGAUGAGCGGCGCGAACGCUUUUGACAGCAUGAUGGCGGCGCAAAAGGAACGCGAACGCGUCAGGACUUUUACGAUGAAGUACGACGCAUCUCUCGGAAGAUGGCGAGCGAUGUUGGAAAAGACAGCGAGUACGCAAACCGCGACUUGGUCGGGUAAAGUCGUCGUGAAGGAGAAACUUGCGAGCGGCUCGACGUGUACGACGACGUUGAAACUGAUUUACGAGGCGAAUGAAAACAUCAAGGUUACAGAACACGACGCAUCGAUCCUUAGCGCCAUGGCUGAAGCUCGAGAGGUGAUGGAUAUGAAAGCAAAGCGUGCCGCCUCGGUCGGCGAUGGCGAGCAGCUUAAAGUGAGCGUCGUAAAAUCUGCGCUCCAGAAAAAUGUCCGCCGCGGCAGAUCCGUCGCGGCGACUCGUGUGGCGACGCACAUGUCCCUCCAGCCGGAUUCGUUCGUGGAGCUCGUUCGCAGGUUGGUCAUCAUAUCCCUCGAGGAUGCUAUUCUGCACCACGAGGUGCCAACUUUGACUUGGCUCAUGUGCGCCACGAGCAAGGGAUUCCAACCGUCGGACGCGAUGCGUGCGUGCGUUGUGCGCAUCGCUGGAGAGAUAGCCGCAGUCUCGACGAAGGACAAAGUGACGUACGGCGCCGCACGAACGGGAUGUGAGGACCCACUGACACUGAACGACGUCGAGGCGCAGCUACCCGAGGAGGAAUCAACUCUUGUUCAAUCUCUGAUCAUUCGUGCGCAGUUCGGCGGUAUGCCCGGCGAUGUCGCGAUGCUUCGUGGAUUCUCGCGCGUUUGGCUCGAUAGAUUCAAAGAAAAAACGUCCACUGUUCCACCAGAAUACGACUCUUUACGCAACGUGGAAAUCAUCGAGGAGUCGACCACGAACAGGACGCCGUGGCUUUCCUUUCUGGAGCAUACGUUCGAAGAUGCGAGGGAUUCAAACGAAGCGGAGGCGUGUAAAUGGGGUGGCUUCAUGCGUCGGAGCGAUAUCCCGAUCGCCGCCGUCGAUUUCCACGUAUCGAACUGUGUUGAAAGUAUUCUUCAGACGCCGACGAUUCGGUUGCGAAUCGUCGACGCGGCUAAAGAGCUAGGUUUGGGAGACGAUGUGAACGCCACGGAUACCGUCAAGAGUGCUAUUUGGCGACACAGUGCGGGUGUGAACUUCAAGCGCGCGAUCGAGACACGAAGUGCGAAAAAAGUAGUAAAGUCUAGGCCGGAAACAAAGCCGUCUCGCGACGACGAACUCCUGCUCGCAAUAUGGGACAUAGUUAACGAAGAUUUGGAGCGUUGGGUCACGCGCUAUCUCGCAUUCCGAAUGCCGCGUUGA